AAGGUAUAUUUGUUGUUAUCGCUGUCAGCGCCUAUCACCAACGCAAGCCGCGUUCGCUUAUCAUAACAUGCGCAGUGUAUAUAAACGCUCAUACGGAAAUAAACUGUUGUUCUGUUCCCACCGCGCUGUCUGAAGGAUCUAUUACAUUGGCGACGAGGCGAAUCGACGGACGGGCGAGUCCCGGUCGAGUAAGGCAAGAUGUCGGUCGGCAGGAUCGGCGAAUAUCGUCUCGGCGCGAAUGCGUCCUGGGAUGAAUACGUCGAACGGCUAGAGAUGUUCUGCGCUGCAAACAAGAUAACCACGGACGAGCAAAAACGAGCGGUUCUGCUGAGUUGUUGCGGCGAGGACACUUACGGGUUGAUCGUGACCUUGGUCAAGCCAGCAAGACCGACGGCGGCGAGCUACGACGACAUCAAGGGGGCGGUGCGGAAGCACAUGCAUCCAAGGCCUUCGGAGCUGUACGCAAGAUUCUUAUUCUACCGAAGAAACCAAGCUCAGGGUGAGGCGGCGUCGGAGUAUGUUACGGCACUCCGUAAGCUGGCUGAAGACUGCGGUUUCGGUGACAAACAGCUUCCACUGGACGUCAUGAUGAGGGACCGGUUCGUAUGCGGCAUCAAGAAUGAAGUGGUUCAACAGCGGCUGCUCGCAGAACGCGACCUGACGUUCGAGGUGGCGUACGACAUGACGCUGACGGCGGAAGCAACGGAGAAGCAGCAGCGCGAUAUACGCAAGCAAGCUCAAGACGGAACCAAAGAAAGCGAGGGUCUGGUUCAAGCGACACGCAUGAAACUGGACACCAAGGCGGACGACGUCAGCUGCUUCCGCUGCAACGGUAAGCACGCUCCGCAUGUAUGCCGUUUUAGAAAGGCUGCUUGUUUCAAAUGCAAAAAGUGCGUGAACAGGCUGAAAAGUUCAUGGUAG